AUGGACGAGGGUCCGGCCGAUAUCAGAAAUGCUGUUGAAGAAGUUCAUGGUCAACUCUUUGAAGUUGCACCCCGUUACACCAACUUGACCUAUAUUGGGGAGGGAGCCUACGGAAUGGUCGUAUCGGCUUUGGAUACGAUCUCGCUGGAACGAGUGGCUAUCAAGAAGAUUUCACCCUUUGAACAUCAGACAUUCUGCCAACGAACGCUACGCGAGAUCAAGAUCCUUAGCCGCUUCAAGCAUGAAAAUAUCAUCAACAUCCAGGAAAUCAUCCGAGCCCCAAGUGUAGACAUGAUGCGUGAUAUUUACAUUGUCCAAUGCUUGAUGGAAACCGAUCUUUACAAGCUUCUGAAGACGCAAAAACUCAGCAACGACCACAUUUGCUAUUUUCUAUACCAAAUCCUGCGCGGAUUGAAGUAUAUUCACUCGGCCAACGUUCUUCACCGCGACUUGAAGCCCUCAAAUCUGCUGUUGAACACGACGUGUGAUCUGAAGAUCUGUGAUUUUGGUCUGGCUCGUGUCACCGAUCCGCGACAAGAUCACACCGGCUUUUUGACUGAAUAUGUCGCUACAAGGUGGUACCGUGCCCCUGAAAUCAUGUUGAACUCGAAGGGAUACACGAAAUCGAUUGAUGUCUGGAGUGUCGGUUGCAUUUUGGCUGAAAUGUUGAAUAAUCGCCCAUUAUUCCCGGGCAAGCACUACCUCGAUCAGUUGAACUUGAUCUUGGCCGUUGUUGGUAGCCCAUCCCAAGAAGAUCUCGGAUGUAUCAUCAACGAAAAGGCCCGAUCGUACCUGAUUUCUCUACCGCAUAAGCCCAAGCAACCCUGGCAACGCCUUUAUCCUAAUGCCGACCCGAGGGCCUUGGAUUUGCUAGAUAAGAUGCUUACUUUCAAUCCGAACAAGCGAAUCGAUAUUGAGCAAGCUUUGGCUCAUCCAUAUCUCGAACAGUAUUAUGACCCCAACGACGAGCCAAUCUGUGAAGAGCCUUUCACCUACGAAAUGGAACUCGACGAUUUGCCAAAGGAAGAUUUGAAACGGCUGAUUUUCGAGGAAACGGAAAUGCAUCAUGCACGAAUGGCCGAAGAGGCUGCAAAGCCCAACAAUAUGCCAACACCAAUGGAA